GCGGUCACAGCUCGCUCCGUCCCUUUUCAUUUUCUGUUUUAACCCCCAAACCCCGUCGCAAGAUCCUGUCGACGAAUAUAGCGGAGGGCGGCAUCGCGUUGAACGACGUGGUGUUCGUGAUCGACUCGGGGAAAGUGAAGGAGAAAUCGUACGACGCGCUCGCCUCGGCCACCAUGCUCAAGACGGUCUGGAUUUCCCAGGCCAGCAGCCUCCAGAGGAGCGGCAGGGCUGGGAGGUGUCGCCCCGGCAUCUGCUUCCACCUGUUCAGCAAGGUGCGCUUCCGGAACAUGCCGGAGUUCCAGGCCCCCGAGCUGCUUCGAGAGCCGCUGCAGGAGCUGUGCCUGCACACCAGGCUGCUGGCGCCGGCCUGCAUGCCGGUCGCCGAGUUCCUGGCCAAGGCUCCGGAUCCCCCGCCCAAUCUCAUCGUCCGCAACGCCCUGCAGAUCCUCAAGGCGAUCGACGCGAUGGACGACCGGGAGGACCUGACGGAGCUGGGUCAUCGCCUGCUGGACCUGCCCACGGAGCCUCACCUGAGCAAGAUGGUGCUGCACGGCGUCGUGCUCAAGUGCCUCGACCCGGUGCUCACCAUCGCCUGCUCGCUCGCCUGCCGCGACCCCUUCGCGCCGCCCGGCCAGCCGGCGCACAGACGCGCCGCCGCCGCCUUCUCGCGCAAAAAUCUCGCCGCCUUCACGUUCAGCGAUCACAUGGCCCUGCUCCGGGCAUUCCAGGCGUGGCAGAAGGCGUGCGCCGGAGGCUCGGAGCGCUCCUUCUGCGAGCGAAGCUUCCUGAGCCGGGGCACCAUGGAGAUGAUCGUCGGCAUGAGGACGCGGCUGUUGGGUCAUCUGCGCGCGUCCGGUUUCGUGCGGCCGAGAGGCGUGGGCGACAUCCGCGACCUCAACACGAACUCGGAGAAGUGGCCGGCGGUGAAGGCGGCGCUGGUGGCGGGGCUCUACCCCAACGUGAUCCACGUGGAUCGCACCACUCAAACGCUCACCACGAGGCUGGAGCGUAAGGUGCACCUCCACCCUUCCUCCUGCGUGCUCGACCAGUGCGUCUUCAAUAAGGUACCACCGUGCGAGGGCGUUCCACAGGGGGUGGCGGCGCUUCCCACCGACUGGCUCGUGUUCGGCGAGAUGACGCGAGUGCACCGCCUGCCAAUCGCUCGCUGCGUCACGGCCGUGAGCCCCGUGGCGGUGGCUCUGUUCGCCGGGCCCCCCCCUCGCCUCGCCGCCUCCGCCCUCCGGGGACCGUCACCGACGCACGUGGAGGGGAUUCCUCCCGAUAGCGGCGACAACGAGAUUGAGGAGGAGGGGGAGGAGGAGGAGGAGGUGAACACGGCCGUUCUGCAUCUAGACGAGUGGAUCAACUUCAAGUUGGACCCCGAGGCGGCGAACCUGCUGCUGCUGCGGCAGAAGUGGCGCGCGCUGUUCGCGCGCCGCAUGCGGGAGCCGUCGCGCGCCCCGUCGCAGGCGGACGAGGCGACGGUGAGCGCCGUCGUCGCGGCGCUGGCCCGCGAGGACGAGGCCCUCGGCCUGCGGCAGGCCCGCCGCCUCCGUCUCCGCAUGCGCCACUUCGUCGUGAAGAGCGGCAACGUGCGCAGCCUGGAGCUGUCGCAGCAGAGGGUCGUCUGGCCGACGAAACUGAACGGCGCGUUCCCGUCGUGCCCCGUCGUCCACCUCGUCUUCUCCGUGCGGGGCUCCGGACGCUUCCAGGGCUACGCACGGAUGGUGUCGGAGAUCGGCAAGGAGCGGCCGGAGACCGGGGGCUCCCCCGCGCUGGGCGGAGCGUUUCGGGUGCUGUGGCUGUACCUGGGCAGGAUCCCCUUCCAGCAGGUGCAGCACCUGCUCAACCCGUGGUGUAACAACAACAAGAGGGUGCAGAUGAGCCGUGAUGGGCAGGAGCUUGAGACUCGGGUUGGAGAACAGCUGCUCAAAUUGUGGGACAGAUGGCCCCGUGUCGCCGGUGAUGGUGGUGGCGGCGGCGGCGAUGGCGGCGGUGUCGUGGGUGCCACUGGCGCCGCUGGCAGCGCUGACGACAACACGGCGGAGCUAAUUGGAAGCAGAGCAACACGCACCCCGGCGGAUGGGACCCCUCCUCUCCUCGAGGGCUGUGCGAAGGCCGCAGCAAGUCAGUCCCCUCUGCAGAUGCCGAGGUGCUAA